GGAAGCGGGCGAAGUGGCGGGGCGGCCGAGCGCAGGGCCGUGAUUGGAGGCGAGGAGAGGCGGCCUGGCUGGGGAUGUGGAGAGCGGGGAUGGCUGCCGGCGAAGGCCUGGGAGCCGCGCUCAGGACGGUCCGGGAGCAAGUGCAGCAGGCGACGGCCCGGAGGCCUCAGAGCUUGCCGGCCAUCCAGCCCCGCCUGGUUGCAGUCAGCAAAACAAAGCCUGCCGAGAUGGUCAUUGAGGCCUACAAUCUUGGGCAGCGCAGUUUUGGAGAAAACUACGUCCAAGAAUUACUGGAAAAGGCAUCAGACUCAAGAAUUCUCUCUUCGUGUCCAGACAUUAAAUGGCAUUUCAUAGGCCACCUGCAGAAAAAUAAUGUCAACAAACUGAUCGGGGUGCCUAACCUAUUCAUGCUGGAAACUGUGGAUUCCCUUAAGCUGGCAGACAGAGUGAAUGCUUCUUGGCAGAAGAAGGGCUGUUCAGAGAAGCUAAAAAUCAUGGUUCAAAUAAACACUAGUGGAGAAGACAGUAAGCAUGGGCUCCCUCCUGGAGAAACAGUGACGACAGUGGCGCACAUCCUCCAGAAAUGUCCUGGCCUAGAAUUUGUGGGCCUGAUGACCAUUGGCAGCUUUGGGCAUGACCUCAGCAUGGGGCCCAAUCCUGACUUCCAGAUGUUGAUAUCUUUGCGUCAGGAGAUGUGCGACAAGCUCAAUAUCCCCAUUGAAAAGGUUGAGCUCAGCAUGGGGAUGUCUACAGAUUUCCAGCAUGCAAUUGAAGUUGGAUCCACCAAUGUUAGAAUUGGGAGCACUAUCUUUGGAGAACGCGAUUAUUCCAACAAACCUUCCAGCGACAAAGCCCCAAGAGAGAUUAAAGACAAACUGGAGAAUUUGGCGGUGCAGGAGCAUUAGCUGAUGAGGCCCAAGGGAUUUCCACAGCUGAGGGAAUCCGGUCUGGUGGACUUUACUAUGCACUUGACUUUCCCUUUGCGCUGACAGCUGUGGGGCACUAUCAGGUAACCAGAGAGUGUCGUAGGCACUUCGUCACCUGUAACUUUAUUCCUGUGUCCAUAGAUUGGAUUUUUUUUCUUAAAAAACCAGCAAAUCAACACCUGUGAUUGACAAGUGACUUAUGGUACCUUAGCUACCAUGACUUUAGAUAACUAUACCAGAAAACCAGCUGACUUAAGCCCUACUAGGUUUGGACAGGAAACAUUUUCAGCCAUAACCAUUUUACAUUGAUAACUAACCGGAUAAAUGUUUCUUUUUGGGGGGGGGUUUCCCCUUAGGCUAACCAUCCCUCUUUGCAGAGAUACCUUAAGAUCAUCCUCCAUUGUUCUCAUUCUCCCAUGAAUGCUUCCUUGGUGACUGGUUGUGUAUUAAUAGGAGCUGUGAAUUAACAUAAGCAAUUUUACAAUGUACUAACACUGUAUUUGCUGUGCAUUAACAGAAGCACUUUGACGAUGGUCUUGCUUAGACUUUUAAUGGUUUCUUUGCACAAAAGAUUAAUAAGGAUCCAUCUGUAAGCAUAAACUAGUGAUAGUCUUUUGAGCCAUAGACCUGAAAGCUGAUUAGGAUGAAUUCAUCCUCUGAAUAUACAAAAUUAAUCAUAGACAACAUAUCACAUUUUUGUUUCCUUUUUCUGCUUUAUAAGCCCAACCCACCCACCUCCCACACCCUCAGCAAAGCAAAAUGAUGGUUGGAAGUUUCUGGCUCUGCCGCUGACUUGCUGUAUAAUCCUGGCCAAGUCACAUAACCAUGCUGUGCCUGCAUCCCCUCUAUGAGAAAUGGGAUUGACCUACCUCACGUAGCAAACCCAAAGGUUUGCCAUGCAUGGAAAGUUAUUUGAAAUGCCUGCUUGUUACCAUCAGAGGAAAUGCAGUAACGAAUGGAGAAGGCCAGGCGACAUCUCAGCAGCCCACAAUGGUGUACACAAUUGGUCUGCAUUGGCAUGUGUGAGAGAAAUAGGGCACCGGGAGAAGCAGGCCUGCACAUGGCAUGUAAUUAAAAGUAUUGUCACCCCAUGUUACAAACCACCCCCUAAGUUGGAAAACAAAAACAUCAUCAUCUUAAAUGCAGGGUCCCAAGUGGCAAAACCUAACAAGGAGCUGUGUCCCAUCUGUACAUAUUGCUCUGUCACCUUUAAAAGAAAUCCUGUUAAACCAGCCAUGACUCUGCCUUUAUGAAUAUAUCAUCCAACGAUUCAUCCUCCUUCUGCAGCACCCCUCUCUCAGUGACAAUGUUUACAGUGGAGUCUGUUUUUGUAUCUUAAUAUGUUGACAAUCUACUUCUACUGCUGCUAUAAAUGACUUUAGAUCCUAUAGAAAUAGGCCUCCUCCCUUAGACCCGCCUUCUCGCUUUUCCCUAAUGCAGAAAAAGCUUCCAGCAUUGCGUGAUUUUGGGUUCAUCUAAGUAGCUCACUAAGGGAGAAACCAUCAAUCAGUGGUGUAGAAUAUAGUUCUCAGACUUUGGUCUUCUAACAUUUGGGGGGAUUCAGUGCUUAGAAUCUCCAAACUUUGGCCCUGUAACCUUGAACUUUGCAGAAGUUCAAAAUCCCUAGACCUUUGGGGGGACAAAGGCUGUGAACCAUUGGUGUAGAAAUCAUGCUUUGAUUCAUGCAGGUUUAGUCCCCAUCAUUUCUGGCAAAAAAAGCUCAGGUUAUAGAUGUUGGGAGUGAUUUCUGCAUAUAUCUUGGAAAAUUAUGCUAACCAAUAGUCUGACUUGGUGAAAGGCAGCUUCCUUCGUCCCUAGAUGUGGGAGUCACUUUGUUUUUCACACCCCAUGGAUACAACUGCAGAGAACAAGGCGCACCAUCCACUUCUAGUGUCCAACGCCGUAGGUGCAGUGCUAAACACCGUCCCAGCUGCUCUCUCCCCUGAGCUCCACAGUGCAGUGUUUUCAUUGUGUGUGAAGAAAACUAGUUGUGGAUCCAAAUACCGUACCAUCUGUGCCAGUUACUAAGCUAUUAAAGAUGUUAUUUUUUCCUGA